AUGUAGCAAACUAAUUUAAAAUGUGAUUUUCAUUCAUUAUAAGAAAUUAGUUGUGUUUGUUUAGAAAAUCAUGUAUGUCAUCGAAAAUUGUGUGUUGAAUGUGUUUUAGAACACAAAGCUAGUAGAUAGAAUAUUUAUACUAUGUCUAAAUUUGAAAAAGCUUUAUAAUCUGAUUAGGGUUAAAAAGAAUCAGAUGAAUUUAAAUAUUUAUAAGAUAUUAAGAGGGCGCUCAAAGAAAAAACUGAGCCUAAUUUUUUUAAAUCAUUUUUUGAUGAAAUUUAUAAUUCUAUUAUAAUAUAAUUAUAAGAAAUAGAAAAAUUUACAUAUAAUAUUAUGGAAUUGAUUAGAUAGUAAAAAUCCUUCACUGAAUAUACAAAUAAAGAACUUAAUAUUUUGAUCAAAAUAAUUGAGGUUGGAGGUAAAUAAAAAUUUUUGUAAAACUCUCAAAAUCAGAUAAAAUAGAUUGAAAAAUUUGUUUAAACUUUUGAAGAAGAAAUGAAACAAUUCAUUAAUAAAUAAAAUAAAAAUUUAGAAUAAAUUAAGUAAUAAAAUAGUAGCUCAUUUAAAGUAUAAUUUAGCUAAAACUAUCUAUAAUUAUAAACUCCUAAAAAUGAAGAUAAUUUAAUAGUUAAAGAAUUUGGAAAUCUUUAUCAAAAUGGUAAAAAAGUUGGAAAAUGGAUAGAAAUUUUAAAACAACUUUCAAAGUAAUAAUUUUAUCUAAUUAAUUUUAGAAAUAAUCAAGUUACUUUUUCAGGAACAUAUGAAUGUGGUUUCAAGGUUGGAAGAUGGAAUAUAAACUUUGCUAAUUCAGUUAUGUAAAAUAUAACUUUAAGAUUAAUAGUGGAGGAGGAGAAUAUUAAGAAAUUUAGACUCUUUAGGAAUAUUAUUCAGAAUAAUUGCAUGAAUUCUAUGAGAUAGAUUGCAUUUAAUAAAGUACUUAAGGUUAAGAAUUACAGGAUUUCUCGAAUUAAUCAACACAAAAUUUAGCUAAUUAAGAAAUUUAAUACAAAUACAAGAAAAAAGGCCGCUGGUAAGAACUACAUGAAUUGUUCUCCUAGUAAUUUAUAUUAUUAAUAGAAGAGAAUAGUAAGUAACUUAUAUUGGAAACUAUGAGCAAGGAAGAAAAGUUGGAGAAUGGUAAACAUACUUAUUUAAAAAUUUGAUGUAAAUAUUAAAAUUAAUUGGUAGAGGAAAAGAAUUUUAUAAUGAGGAAGGAUUAAAGCAUGGAUAAUGGUCUGAAGUUUAUUUUAUUAAUAAUGAGUAAAAUUUUAAAGAUUAGUGUUAUAGAAAAUCUAUUAUUACUUUUAAUGGAGAAUAUAAAAAAGGAGAAAAAAUUGGAUUAUGGAACAUUUUGGAUCAAAAAAAUUUAAUGUAAAUUAAGUUAAAACAUAAUUAGUGGUGGCGGAAAGUACGACAACGACGGAUUAAAAAAAGGAUAAUGGAAAGAAUUAUUUGAAUAAUAUUCUUAGUAAGUGUUUUCGUAAAAUAAUAGGAAAGCCUAGGUAACUUAUUCAGGGGAAUAUAAAAAUGGAAAAAAAGUUGGAGAUUGGAUAAUAGAAAACAAAAAAUCUCAAAAUGGCAAUUUUCAUAAAAAAUUUUCAUAUAAUCAGGAAGGCUAAAAGAUUGGUUAUUGGAUAGAGUUGAAUUAAAUUUAUUAAGAGUAUUAUUUAUGGGCUUAAAUUUAAGUGAUUUUUUGGUAUUUUUUAGUGGGGAUUAUAAAAACGGUAAAAAAAUAGGAGAAUGGAAACUAAACAGUGUUAUAAACAAAAAUAAUCAAAUAAUUUCCUAGUAAUUGAUUUAACAAAAUUUUAAAGGGUAGCAGGAAAGUACGAUGAAAAUGGAUUAAAAAUUGGGAAUUGGGUUGUAGUUGAUAAGAAAUAUAGUUUGUAUUCAAUUUUAAGUAAAUGUAGUAAUAAUCAAAUCACUUAUUCUGGGGUAUAUAUAGAAGGUAAAAAAGUUGGAGAAUGGGAAACUAGAUAUGAAAAUAAAAAAUACAAAAAUAAAUAAUAAAUUUUGUAAUUUUUUUAUUUUAUAAAAUAGUACUGGAAUCUAUAAUAAUGGUAUUAAGGAUGGUAAAUGGAUUGAAUUAGAUGAAGAAUUUAAAUCGUAUUUUUUAGUUUCAAUUAUAUAGAAAAAAAUGGAUUAUUUAUGAAGGAGAAUAUAGGAAUGGAUUGAAGUUUGGAUUUUGGUAUAUAUAUUAUAGAAUAAAAUAAAAUAAAGAAAAUAUUAAGAUGUAUGAAAAUUUAGAAUAACUUUUUUAGUGAUGGGGGUUUUUUCAAUGAAAAUGGGUUGAAAGAUGGAAUUUGGAAUGAAAUAAAUUAAAUUGGUUAAGGAGCCUUUAUGAAUUAAGUUAAAGUAAAAUAUUAAAAUGGAAUAAAACUAUAAUGA